AUGCCAUGGUGUAGGCCAUACGGCACACACAGGCGCGCGCGGCGAACUUCGGACGGCUGCGGCAACCACGAGCACGAGGCUGUGAGCGCCGCCAAGAGUCAAACAUCGGCAUUUGCUGGGUGCCGCGCCACGAUUUCUCGAGUAAGGAGAGACCUGCUCAGAUGCCCCGUGCUGGUCGGCUCUUCAUCUCCUAAUCUCUCUCUCAUCUCUCUCAUAUCAACUUACCUUACUCAUCUCCUGAUAUAUGUCAUCGGGGACCAGGGAGUGAUCGAGGCGCGGCCGGGGAACGGUCGUCCCUCGUCCCGGCACGGCAUAGAAGGCCGGCAGAGCUUCGAGCCUCCCUCUCUAGCUCUCUCCACCCAGCCUUCGAGCUUCCCAGGCCCUGCUGCACCCACCGCGUGCCCAAGCUUCCUCGACGUGCGACAGGCACCAGGCACGAAGAACCAGUCCGAGCGAAAUGGAACUGAAUCUCCCCAAUGGGCCCUGAAUGGUGAUGGGCCCCCCCUCCCCCGUUUGCUUCCUUCCCAAGUGAGGUAA